UCUUCGUUUGUUUUAGUUGAUCUUAAAUGUGGUGAAAGGUUCGAAUCUUCCAAAAUGGGUUCUGAGGAUAAUGUCAAGAACUUUGAGAAGAUUGCAGUAGACCCACUGGAACCUCUUGUUCUUCGUCCACCUGUUGGGUCGGAAGUUUAUGGAUCACCUCCAUCAAGACGUACUAGUCGUAGCCGUCCUUUCAUAUUGGGUUCAUUAUUCGUCUUGUUCACAUUGUUAAUGAUUGCUAGUGUAUUUCUGCUGCUAUACAUCCUUGGUUAUAGACCGUUAACUUCACUUAAUCAUAAAGCAAAUGCACACAGAUCAAUUUGUCGCAUUCGUAUUCCACUUUUAAAAAUAGAUCCUGUAGAAUCUAUUACGACAGAUGAUAAUUUCCUCAAUGUUACGCUAUCUGAAGUACCUUACUACAAUGUGAUUCGUAUUUUGCAUCUGUUCUCUGAGGGCUUGACAGUGAUUAGAACAAAUAAGCAUUGCUACAUUAGACCGUUGAGAGCUGAAUUAAGAGGAUCUGGAAUUGAAGAUUAUCUGCGUCGACUAAAUGAUGGAAAUGACUUAAAGGAUUCGGUGGAAGGUUAUCCUGUUACAGAGCCUUGGUAUAUAGAUAGAGAUCCAUAUAAUACUAUUCAUAAUUCAUUGAUUAUGUCAUGGUGUGCUGGUGUACCAGCCUUUCGUCUAGUCUCAACAAGACCUCCAAUAAGUGAAUAUAAAGGAGAUAUAAUGCCUGCUGUAAGUUUUUUUCUCAAUUAAAAAUGUUCGUUGUAUGUAGAUUAUUAUUAUUACUAAUUAUUAUUAUCUGAGACCAUUCUAUGCAAAUGCGAAGUUUUGAGUUAGCUAGGAAGGAAAGAAAACAAAGAAUUAUGUGUCGUACAUAUUUUUAAAUCCACCUAAUGUUCAUAUGAAACACGGAAAGCUCAGAUAUGAGGGAUGUUUUAGGUCAUUUACAUGUUUACAGCUCUUAAUCCCACCUAGAAAUUUGUAACUCAAAAACGAAUUCCUAUACAAAAAGUAUACACAUGAACAGCAACCAGACUAAAGUAAUCUUUAAAACGAUGUCUCCAUUGGAUGCGACCAUAAAAAAAUUCAUGACCAAACGUCACAACAGGCACCAUAUCAAACUUACCGAGAAUUAUGGAUAUAGAGUAUGUUCCCUUCAAAACCAAAGGGUUGGACAACCCCAAUCUUUGUAAACCAAAUGUAAGUGCUGUUAUGUAACGUGGAUUGUACUAUUUGAUAGGUUGCGUUGUGUAUUCCAAUUUAUGCAACUUGGUCGGUCCCACGCAACUUCUACCAAUGCUCGAGCGUAUGUCUAGACACGCAGCCAUGCUGUACCUCCAAAAAACUAUUAGUACAGAUAUGUAUUUUAGUUACAGUUCCUUCUCAGGUUCUCAAAAAGUUCCAUGCAUGCUUAUAAUACUUCUGAACACAUCGGUGGCACACUAUGUGCUAUUUUAGCAACCUAUACAUUAUAAUACAAGAACAUGUUAAUCUCUCUAGAAUCACAGCGUCUCUUCGAGGUUAUUUCUAUGAUAUCAUCUACGGUAAGUAGAAAAAGUGGUUGACGAUUAUCCAUGUACUUAGCUAUUUUGUUCGAUAAGUUGCUCACUUGAUGGGAAAAUGUAGACCAAAUGUCACCAAUCACUGAGAAGGUCGACAGAGGUAUAUCGCUUCUUCUAAAGCUUACAUUUUAGCUGUGAUCAUGCUUCAGUGUGCGGAUUAGUGUAUGUUAGCGCCUCGGUAAAAGCAGGGAAAUCGCAACAGGAAAAUCUCUACAAACAUAUCUGGAAAAUGGAAAUAUCGAGAGUGUACUGAAAAAACUCGUCAGGUGCUUGAAGUAUAUUUUCAUUCAAAAGUAACUUGGUGUGAUGUCUAAUCUGCUUCAAAAGCAACAAUGAUAAAACUCUAAAAGAUAUAGUUAAUAAAGGACAAGAGAAAAACUACGCCAGCAUUUUGUAACUGUUGAAAUCUCGUAAACCGACAACUUACAAGUUCUUAUAUAACUCCCAAGCCAUCAACGCUCAACUACUUACUCCUGUAUAGUCAGACUAGGCACUGUCAUACAUCAGUUCGAAAACAACAUUUUACGUUUAGAUAGGGAUAAUCCAGCCAACUACCAGAAGAAAGAGAAAGGGUGAGAGUAAACAGACUUAUCUGACACCGGUUCGUACUUGGAAUGUAUCUGUCAGAUAUUCUCCAUCCAUAAUUUUGCAGUAUAGUCGGUCGUACGAAUUCCGGAUUAUGUUAAUGAUCUCAGCUGCUCACUUUAUGGUUUUGAAGAAGGUUCAAUAAGGUUCACCUAUCCACAUAGUGGAACGCCUCAUAAUCACGGAAGUGGAUGUAUAGUGUCGAGUUCUAUUCAAUUGAUUGUUCAACAAUGAUUCGUAGUGUGGCGACCGAUCCUUACGACAUCCGACCUGUUGAUUUGAGGCGGGACGUCUACUAAAUGUUUCAUCCGGUUCAAUAACACUUGAAAAUCUUUCCUGGUACUGAUAGUAGUGUGGUGCCUCUGUAGUUGUCCCAUAUUUCCGCUUGCAAGUUUUUCCACUGUCGUUGCUAGGUCUUCCACACUUCUUUUCUGCUUGUCAGCUCUAAUGCUCCUUUUCACUUGUUUGUUUGCUUUUGUGUAUUCAGCUUGUGCCUUGACAUUCUCUAUUCUUGUUCGUCUAUUGUUGAUUGUUGUCUUCUUGUUCUGCCUUUCGUGAACCAUGAUAAGGUUUUUCAUAGAGAUUCACUCCUUAUAAUGAUACCUGUUGCUGUCCAGAACCUCCUGACACGUUGAAUUUAAUGCUUCUUUGGUCCCUUUCAAGUUGUCCUCCAUAACAGUUUCUUUCAGUAGAUCUUCUAAGACUUGGAACCUGUUGUUGAGAGUUAUCUUUGAUUGUUUGAGUUUGUCACUGUGUCGAAGGAAGGGUGUAUUAAACCUUUGUAAUGCUGUUUGUCUAGUUGUCUAAUGCUUCUUCAGCUUCAGUUUCAUCUUGGCAACCACCAGUUGAUGGUGACCUGCAGCUAUAUCAGAUCCCCUUCUGGUUCUCACGUCCUCCUUUGACCUUCUUUAUCGUCUUCAUUGCUAUCAUUGGUGGUGCAUAACAUUUGAUAACAUUCAUUGUGAUUCCCUCAUUUUUUGUUUUGAAAGAUGCUUUGACGAUUCUGGGUCCAUGAGAUUCCCAUCCAAUGAGUACUUUUCGUGCUUCUUCGGACAGUAUCAGAGCAACUCACUGAGUGUGUGGAGCACUUUCUUCGUGACCAGACAGCACCAGUACAGCAGCAUCUCUCCCUAAUCUAUCUUUUUCUGUCCAGUUUGGUCCAAUGUGUUCUAAAUAUUCUGGGAACCACCGGGCAGCUAUUUGAUUGGUCCUCCCGGUCUCCUACAUUGUCUAAACAUUCUAUGUACCCAUAUUAAUUGUUGCUCUGGUUGUUAGGAGACAUCGGCCUUGUGGCUUUCGAGGAAUAUCAGCUUUCAAAAUGAGGCGUCAUAAUUCUUCCUUCAACUUGUAGGGCAGAGUUUCAUUGUUUUAAUUUGUUUAUUUUGGUUAGCGUGUUUUAGCAAGGUUAUUUUCUAUGGUAUGGGGAUGCUGACUCCACACCCAGCCCUCCUCCUUUACCCGGGCUUAAGACCGGGUAACAGGAGUAAGUAAUUGGUGAAAAGCCGUUAUCAGUUGAGCUGAUUUGUCUCGGGUGUGAGGCAGUUACCCACCGAAGACAAUUUAAGAUAGUCGCUCAAUGUCGUAGACUGACAGAUGUUAAACAUUAACAUCAUUGGAAGCUAGCUCAGUGGUCUAGAGGUCAAGCGUUCGCUCGCUAAACCGAAUGUCCCGGACUCGAUUUACGCGGGCGGGGCUGUGGUUGCACACUGCUUAAGGAGCUUCUAAAACUCAAAGCCGUCCAGUGUUUUCAGGUUUUCGAUGGUUGUUAAACUUAGGGUUGUUCACGAUUUCAAUGAAAUUGAAUAAUCUCUACAAUCUCAUUCUAAAAUUUUUAUUAGUGUUGUUAUGAUAUCUCCGCCUCGAUAAUUGGAGCAUUUUCGUUCCAUCAACCUUCCGGACGGUGAAAGAUUUUCCGACAUUGCGAUCAUAUGUAAAAACUAGAAAAGUGAUCAGUCUAUGACAGUGGUGUAUGGAAUAUCAAACGACCCGGUCUGGGCACCCGGGCAGUAUCACAGCCCUCACACAAAUCGAAUGAUUUAUGUGGCGCAUAUCUAUUUGGUGGUCCAUCAUGACCCCUUUUGCAGGGUGUUAAAGAUUGUGCAAUUUAACAGUCACCGUUCAAAAUCAAAGUUAGCGGUAAUCCCUGGAUUAGGUUUCUGUUAUAUCUCAUGAGUGAGAACACGGACGAUCUUUAUCAAACAAAAUCUACCUCUAUUGUUUUCUUUUGCAUUUUUCCUCAAUUUUAUUAUAUUUUACUAUUUAGAUGCCAGAUGAAUCAAUGAAACCGGGCAAUCCAGAUCCAUUCGUAGGUGAUUAUGAUAACAGUGAUCAGGCAGAUAUUCUGCGUAUCCUUCUACCUGGUUAGUCUUUGAAUAUAAAAUCUUCAUUAUUUUUUCCUGAAUUAGUAUUUCUUGAUUCUUAUAUUGAUCCUUCAUUUCUGUAAACUAGAUUAAAUUGACAAACGUCCACUUUCAUCUCUCCUUUUUCGUAAACAUCACCACAUAAAAGCAGUGGGUAGAACUUCUCUAGAACAGGCUAUAAACCCUCAGCCAUACGAUAGUUUUGGGAGAGAGAAAAUUAGAUUUGUACCGAAUAUCGUACCAGGAUACUUGGAGACAAGAACCAAAUAAAGAAUCUAUAAAUGCAGUGCUUGUUUUAUUCAACUUUUGUAACUCAUUUCCAUGCACAGAUUCUUGUACUUUGUCUCUAAGGCACUUUUACUACGACACUCAGUAAUACCACCCAUCUAAAACCUGAUAUAUCAACAGUUGAAACCCUAAGUAUCUUAAUCACUUAGUUACUGUGCCAACCUAAAAAGAACAAUAACAACAACAACAACUUACCAAUACUCCACAGUAGAAACAAAUAACAAUUCUAUCUAUCUAUUUUCCGAUUGUCUAAUUGAUGUUAGGCCACUGUCAAAUCAUUUUGCAUAAUUAAUUUAUAAAAUAGUGUACAAACAUUAGAGAUUAUUAAAAUCCAACAUGAUGUAUGAUAAAUAUUGAUAUUUUAUGUUUAUACCCUAUUUCUAUUUAGUUACUAUGUAUUGUAACGUGUCGACUGCAGAUUAGAUGCGCAGCGUAUUUAACGAUCGGAUCAAUGACACGUAGAACACGCACGAACGACCUAAAGUCCCGAUUGGCCCUGUUUCGCUGUCUAGCCCAACCAGUUGAGUCCAGAACGCAAGUCUUAGCCUCUGAGACAUGAAUCGUUUAUAUACCAAGCAAACAGACCAUAUCGUACCAUAAAAAUAGAAAACAACAUUUUGUACAAUAUUUAACAAGUGAAAUAAAUAUUAACCAAUAGGGAAUGUCCAUUUAAAGUCCAAGGGGGCACUAUUAGACUUAACAUGAUAAUAAUUGGUGUAUUUUUCCGAGUAUCCCAACACUAUGUAAUCUAUUGACUAUUUAAUGUCAUUACAUAUUAAUUUGUGUAAAUAUUUUCGAAUUAUAUAUUAUUGUUCAUUAUUCAAUAUUAAUAAUCAUUAUGAAUUAAUGAUUUGAUUAUCAUAUAAGGAGUAUAAAAUUGUAAUUAAUUUUAUAUAUAACAUAGAGACAAUUUAUAAUGAUGAAUCAUUAUAAAUCAGCAUAAUGGGCAAAAUACUGAAUUUUCCAAUUUGAUUUCUAUUAAAUAUUGAAUAUGUACCAUGAUGCACAAUACUGACUAGUUUUGGAGAUGGUUAGAAGAAAGUUAGGGGCGGCCAAACCAAAACGUGGCAUCAGUGCUUGAAGUCACUCACUUCUAGUCUAAGCCAUGUUGAUAGAUACAGAUUAUUUGGUUGGGGUCCGCGUGACUAUCGUAACUAAUGGUUGGAGACUAUGGGUGACAUGGUUUGGAAUCGAUCACAAUAGCGUAAAUGUAUACACUUUGUCUUCCUUUAAACUAAGAGAUUAAAAUCGAUUCAUAUCUUUCUUUCUAGGAACUAAUUCUUUUUUCCUGUACUAUAUCCUUAUAUGCAAUCUUUCUUUUAUAUAUUACACCAUUGAGUUAACUACUUCUAUGAAUUUGGUGUUCAUUUAGUUGUGCUAAUGCGGUAUGGCAACUUGGACCGGUGCAUAUAUGUGCCUGGUCUUACGUUGUAGCUAACUGACCAGACACAUCUCUUUCAGUAUUGAAAAAAGGAUAUAUAAUAGCUACAAUUUAUUGUGUUAGAAACAACUUAUGGAAGAAUGAAACUACGUUAGCACAACUUUUGUAUUGGUUUAAUGUUUAACUACUUAUUUUCCAACUUAUGUUUCAUACUCUUCAAUAGUGAAGUCAUGACAUGAAGUAGGCCUAAGAUAGAGAUAUUAUUUCAUGACUAAAGUGUGAUUUAUGCACCGUUUUGGUUGAUAAAAUUUUAUACGAUCUCAUUUUACUAAUUAAGUUAAUUUUCCUACUUCAUUGUAAUUUGUGUCUUCUUUCUAUAACGCUAGAUCGUGAAAAUAUUCGUCGAGUGCGUAGUGUGGACUUGACCUCAGAGAUGCCAGAUAAAUCAAGAAAAUUAACGAGAUCAGACAGUUCCAAAUGUGAAAUUGUAGAUGUUCUUCUAGAAGAUGCCACAAUCACAUCAACACGUGAUAAUCAUCCUGUGUCAGUACUACGUGAUGUAAUCAUGUCUUGUUCUUAAAUUCUAAUCAAGACAAAGAAGUCAUGCUCCAAGUUUUGGAAAUCAAUCUGCUUAUUACAUUUUUUUUGUUCUCUCUUCGUAUAACAUGAAUUGCUUAUCUUUUUGAUUUGGAAACUUACUCAUUUGAUGACAUUGACAUGAACACAGUUGAUUUUGAUUACUGAACUAUUGUAAUCAAUCAUGAGUUGCAUUUCUACUGGCGAUAAUAAUAAUAAUAAUAAUGAUUGAUUUCUUGAAUACAUUAUUGGAUUGAUCAUUUAUUGUUUGUCGUUUAUAUUCGUAUAAUAAUAAUAAUCAUAUAUUCAUUAGUAACAUUAUUAUUGUUGUUUUUUUCGAUUAUACUACUUAUAAUGUUAUAAUAGUAGACAUACAUACCUACGUAUGAACAUUUGCAUUUCUAAUCAUUAUUAUUAUUUCUUUAAUGGUAUUUUUUAAUAAUCAUUCAUAUAUACACCUAAUCAUGGAAGUAAACAACGACGAUGAUUAUAUGUUUUAUUAAUAAAGCACAAUAAGAAUUCAAUUCAUAAUUAUGUAAUAAUUAACAUUCAAUAUAACAUUAUUCAUAGUAUAAUUAUGUAGAAUUUUCAUUUCGUAGUUAUUCGAAUUUCUAUCAUUAACAUUCAUUGGUGAAAGUUGUAUCGAAUAUAUGUAUAUAUAUAAUAUACAACCACAUAUUUACGUAAUUCAUCGCAUAGAAACAUUUACUUCAAUGGUAUGGUAUGAAGUUGUCUUCAUUUUACAUUCCUAUAUUAUGACAAUUCUCUCAACAACAAUAACUUCGCCUGUAGCUCUUCUAGAGUUACUGCCGGUCCCAAGCUCAAGUAAAGGAGGAGGGUUGGGCAAGGGAUUAG